GGCUUCUGAAGCAGUAGACUGUUGGGUUUUGAUCACACCCAGAACACUUGAGUUUUGCUCUGCAAGUGUAUAUAAAACUGGUUUUAUCUGCACACCUAAGAAUAAAAGGUAAUGGAGACUGAACAGCAGGAGGAGACUUUUACCAACACAGAGACAAAUGGCAAACGUCCUGCAGAAGAUAUUGAAGAAGAACAGGCCUUCAAAAGAUCUCGUAAUACAGAUGAGAUGGUUGAAUUACGCAUCUUGCUUCAAAGCAAAAAUGCUGGAGCAGUAAUUGGAAAAGGUGGCAAAAAUAUUAAGGCACUUCGUACAGAUUACAAUGCAAGUGUUUCAGUCCCAGACAGCAGUGGCCCUGAGCGCAUCUUGAGUAUAAGUGCAGAUACAGAGACAAUUGGAGAAAUCUUGAAGAAGAUUAUCCCUACUUUAGAAGAGUAUCAGCACUACAAAGGUAGCGACUUUGACUGUGAAUUGAGACUUCUAAUUCACCAAAGUCUAGCGGGAGGAAUUAUCGGUGUCAAGGGUGCUAAAAUCAAAGAACUCAGAGAGAACACUCAGACCACCAUUAAGCUCUUCCAAGAGUGUUGUCCUCAUUCCACUGAUAGAGUGGUGCUUAUUGGUGGAAAACCUGAUAGAGUUGUGGAAUGUAUCAAGAUUAUCUUGGAUCUUAUCUCUGAGUCUCCAAUUAAAGGACGGGCCCAGCCUUAUGAUCCCAAUUUCUAUGAUGAAACGUAUGACUAUGGUGGCUUCACAAUGAUGUUUGAUGAUAGAAGGGGACGUCCAGUAGGCUUUCCAAUGCGUGGAAGAGGAGGCUUUGAUCGAAUGCCUCCUGGUCGUGGUGGACGACCUAUGCCUCCAUCAAGAAGAGAUUAUGAUGAUAUGAGCCCUCGCAGAGGACCUCCACCACCUCCGCCAGGUCGUGGUGGCAGAGGUGGCAGCAGAGCUCGUAAUCUUCCUCUUCCUCCUCCACCACCCCCUCGUGGCGGAGAUCUUAUGCCUUAUGACCGAAGGGGUAGACCUGGAGACCGUUAUGAUGGAAUGAUGAUGCAGUGUCAUGUGGAUGCCUGUGAUGACAUGCAGCCACCAGAGUUGUUUGAAGGUGGCUCUGGAUAUGACUAUUCUUACACAGGGGGCCGUGGUUCAUAUGGAGAUCUUGGUGGGCCCAUCAUCACAACACAAGUAACAAUUCCCAAAGAUUUGGCAGGAUCUAUUAUUGGAAAGGGAGGCCAGAGAAUCAAACAAAUACGUCAUGAGUCAGGAGCUUCAAUCAAAAUUGAUGAACCACUAGAAGGCUCAGAAGAUCGGAUAAUAACUAUUACGGGAACACAGGACCAGAUACAAAAUGCUCAGUAUUUACUGCAGAACAGGCAAGUUGAAGCUCAAUGCU